UUUCUAAUACUUCAAGUGAUGUUAUGUAUCUACACAGGAAAUUUGUGUGUCAAGGCCCAAAGUUGUUUGUUUUCAAAAGAUUUAGACACUCUUGGGCCCAGGUGUUUGAGAGCCAAUUAGCACUAAUCCAAGGUAAAUUUUAUAUGUGGCCUGAAGAUGUUAAGGCCCGUCUAAACAGUUUCAACAUUUGCUUCAACAUGCAUUCAACACUUUGUCAAAACAAAUGUUCGGUGUGUUUAAACAGGUCAUCCAAUGUUGUUGAAAAUGAAAAAAAUGUUGAAAGCGUGGUGAAAGCAUGUUGAAUCAAGUUUAAAUCGGUUUAAACUUUCAUUCAACAUCGAUUCAUCUUUUCUUUUGUUCUCUAAUAUGUUGAAUGGUGUUGAAGCCAUUUGAACACUCUGUCAUGAAACAAUUGAACACACGCAUGCUCAUAUCAGGGUGCAAAAGUCAUUAUGGCAUCUGGAGAGAGUCUAGUUUCUAGUUCAUAGUUCCUCACAAUUAAAUUUCCCGAAAAUGUUAGUUCAUUUGUUGGCACAAUGUUGAAAACCGUUUGAAUGGCCCCCACACAACUUUGUCUUUGCUUCCAACGUGUGCCCAACAUCCAUUCAACUUUUGUUGAAUGAAUGUUGGUCAAAUGUUGAAACCAUUUAAAUGGGCCUUUAGAGUAGCCAAAUUACAUCACCACCUGCAGGAAUUGCAGUGACUUCACUAGCAUAAAAAGCUUCCAUGGUGGGGGACUAACAUGUAAAUUACAUGUGCACAAAAUUUUUCUCUUUCACAUAUUUGUUUUACUUGUACUUAAUUUGCAUGUAAAUUGUGCAUAAUAUGACAGAUUUACACGCAUGAUACAUGCAUGUAAUGCCACUAUUCCUGCUGCUGGUACUUUAAGUGGUAUGUGUGCUCUCUAAAUCCUUAAAAGUUUACAUACAGAACCCAGAGUUGCCUAACUACACAGCUGCGUUAGCUUAGCACUUAACUCUUCCUCUUCCAAGAGUGGCCAGAAAUGAAUUAUUUUCUUCUUACAAUGUAAUUACAUUAUUAAGUGGAUGGGUAAUGAGAAGAGAGAAAAAUAUCAAUGGAGAUCAGUUUGAAUAAUUUAUUUUAAGGUUUUUUACUGGGUGGGAGGUCUGUAUAAGAUGAAACCAUACCCAACGUCUUCAGUAGAGAGCCUUUCUGAAGUGAAGGGUCAAUUUUUUUUUCUCAUAUGAGCCAACCUAGAUGGGUGGAAAACAUUUUUUUUUUCUUUUCCACUGGUUUGCUUUGUUUGUACUGUACUUAUGGCAUAACCUAUUUGAGAAAAUUGGUGGAUUCUUUAUCAAUGCAGUGAUUUCAGAAUUGGGCAUAGAGCAUAUCUACAAUGCUUAUACAUUCAAUGAGAUGACUCCACGAUCAAGUGAUCCUUCAUAUCUGUCCAGUGCCAGCAAAGCAGUUUAUGAAGGAAUGCUUGCUGGAGAUCCUAAUGCCACCUGGCUUAUGCAAGGCUGGCUUUUCCAGCUGAUCUAUACUUGUUCUGAAAGUUCUCCCCUCUAUCCCCUUAUCUGCUCUGAACUUUUCUUUGAUUCUGCCAUUUUGCCAGGACCAGUCAGUGCUCGUACGCAUAAAGGCUCCACCAUGAUUGGCACUGGGUUAACGCCAGAAGGAAUUGAGCAAAAUGAUGUUGUCUAUGCAAUAAAUGAUAUGGGUUGGAGAUCAGAAGCAGUGAAUGUUCCCUCUUGGGUGAAGGAAUAUUCCAACAGGAGAUAUGGUGGCUCAAGCAACUACUCGCUAAAUCCUUGGGUGCUGCUGACACAAAGUGUUUACAGUUGCAAUGAUGGACAUGCAGAUCAUGUUUGUUCAGUCAUUGUGAACCAUCCAUCACUUAGCUUGAGCUUCAACCUGUGGCACAAGCCUGAAGAUGUGUGGAACGCAUGGGAUGCAAUGAUACUUACAGAAGAAACCUUCAAUUCAGUGGAACCAUUCAGGUGAUUAUGCAUUAGCUUUUCAUAGAA